ACACCAACACCAGACGAACGUCAAACACCAAUUGCAAUGCCUAGAAUGUACACAGCACCACCACCGCCCGAGAAGCCCGCCUAUGGUUUCGAGCCGGUAACUCCUCCAGCAGCGCAAAACCCUAACAUAGAAGAGCAGCAUGUAGCAUCAUAUCCACCACCUGCACCACCACCUCCGCCACCCACACCAUUCCCAAAAACAGUACGAAUUGAUGGUGCUAAAAAUGGCAGGGACGCGGGCGAUCCAUGGGACAAUGAAUCGUCAUCGACGGUGCGCGGUGGCGGUGGUGGCGGCAGCGGUAUAAACGAUCGUGUCACGACACCAACGCAGAAGAAAGAAAAACCAGGAAUUGGAAAGUUGCCAGCGGAAGUGAUGGCCGAGUUGCAUGGUGAGUUAUUCCAUGUUCAUUAA